AAACAAGUAACUCAACGACACAUCACAAAACUAGGUGGGGGAAAACAAAUUUCAACCACCAGACCACCACCACCAACAACACAAAACCGGUCGAGUGUUAAUACUUCGACUUAGUAUAUAAAAUACUAAAAACAACCACCACCAUCAGCCAUCCAUCGCACUAGAUAAAGAGAGAGAAAAACAUCACGUCGAACGAGAACGACAGCAGCGACGGCGCGGCGGCGGCGUCGCUCGGUGCAAAUUUUCCUCUAGUUAAUUUAGUUGCAUACAAGAAGUGAGCGAGUUAAGAAGCAAAAAAAUAAAAAGAAUAAUUGAAAGUAAAAAUAAUUAGAAAUAAUUAAAAGUGGAAAUAAUAUUUGGAAGUUAAAAAGAAAAAAAAGGAGGAUCUGGAGAAAAAAGCAAAACAGGAAAAUAAUUGAGUAUUAAAGCUAUAAACAAUUUGGAAUUACAAGGAAAAAACAAAACAGGAAUGGCGGAUAAAAAAGUUGCAGGAUCAAAUCCAUCUGCCAACAAGAAGAAAAAGGAAGAGUCUAGGAAGACAACUGGAAAGCAAGACCAGGAGGUCGAGCACAAGCUAUUCCAGUCGACCAGGAGGGGGAUAGCGAGGCUAGCAAUCUAUGCCAAAUCGCAGGAGGCGACCACGGCAUCCCGGGAUGGGAUAUUGUUGAGGAGCGACAGGCUGAUACAGCUUUGGCAGAAGGCCAAUGAACAAUUCCAAACACUGGUGGAGACAGCAGAGGAGGAGUCUCUGACGGAUUUGGAAGAACUAAUGGAAAUGGCCGAGAAGGAGUAUUACGACACGGCAGAGAUAUUGCGUCAGCAUUUGCGAAACACGGCCAAGGAUGGUCAGGAGGCGGCAGGAGCUGCCACCGGAGGCGGAAAUGGAAAUGCGCCCCAAGUCAAUGUGAGCCUGACAUUGCCAAUGCAGCAGCAUGAUCUAAGGCCUACAUGGGGGAAAUUCGGAGGAGCCCUGUCGGAUUGGAUGAGCUUCAGGGACCGGUUUAAGGCUGCCAUCCAUGACAACCCGGAGGUGUCUACAGCAUACAAAUAUUCCUAUCUAAGGAAUUCUCUGACAGGAGACGCAGAGAAAGCUCUAGGACAGAGCAACUUGGCGGAAGGAAGCUACCAGGAGGCGUGGGAACGCCUCAACCAGCUAUAUCACAAGCCUUACCAUAUUGCCAAGGAGCAAUUAGGCAAAUUUAAUAGAUUGCCGUUCCUGUCAGGAAGACCAACGGCCAAGGAGCUGCAAAAAAUGUCAAACGAGACAUAUGAGGUCAUCCGACAGCUCAAGGCCCUGGAGGUGCCAGUGGAACACUGGGGACUGGUAUUUGUGUUCGGUCUACACGAGCGAUUAGAUCCAGACACUAAAAGACAGUGGGAACUGCAACGGUCUUCGGAGGCACCGGAAGUGACCGAGAUGUUGAACUUUCUCGAUAAGCAAGCAGGAUCGCUGGAAGACACCAGGAUGGUAAGGGCUGCAGGAGCACCCGUGGCAGGACUGUCAGGAAGGCCAGGGAAUACAAGAAGGACAGGAGCACCAAAUUCGACGACGCCAGUGGUGCGAGCGCCAUGUGAAGCAUGUGGGGUAGAGGCCCAUGGCCUAUAUCAUUGUCCAGAAUUCAUGGCACUAAAUCUGUCAGCGCGGAAAAAUUUUGUUCAGAGAAGGAAGCUAUGCCCGAACUGUUUAAAAAAGGGGCAUAGCAAAGAGCAAUGUACGGUCAUACAAUGCCGAAGACUACCGUGCCAGGGGGACCCGAGGCACAAUAGUGUUUUAUGUCCAUUCAAACAGCCGGAGCAGGACAUCUUCACACUGAGGGAGCCGGCCAGGAAGAGCAUGAAUCCCCAAAUCAAGACUAGGAACCAAUGACUAGGCCAGGAAGGUCUAAGGAAACGGAAGCUGGAGGACCAGGGCAGGGAGUGCCAACGAAGAACAAUUAAAAAAUUAAAAUUUGGGAAAAAUAAAAAUAAAGAAAAUGAUAUCAAAGUUGAAACAUACACUAUGGAUUUUCAAUUGUCUUUAGGUCAGAAAAUUUCAUUUAUGCC